AUGGUAGAUGUGCCAAAAGAUUUGAUUGACGAAAUUAAGAAGCUCGAGGAGCACUUUACUGUCGAUACCGCAAAGCUGAAGGAGAUCACCGAACACUUCAUCAAUGAGCUUACUAAAGGUCUCUCUGUUGAGGGUGGAAGCAUUCCCAUGAACCCUACCUGGUGUAUGGCUAUGCCAACCGGUGAAGAACAAGGAACUUUCUUGGCUCUAGACAUGGGUGGAACCAACCUUCGUGUUUGUGAAAUUAUCUUGACCGACCAAAAGUCAGAGUUUGACAUCAUCCAAUCUAAAUACCGAAUGCCAGAAGAACUCAAGACUGGUGAUGCUGAUGAGCUCUGGGAGUAUGUUGCUGAUUGUUUGCAACAAUUCGUCGAAGCACAUCACCCCGGGGAGAAUCUCGACAAGAUGCAUCUUGGUUUCACUUUCUCCUACCCAGCCACCCAAGAUUACAUCGAUCACGGGGUUCUUCAACGCUGGACUAAAGGAUUCGAUAUUUCUGGUGUUGAGGGAGAGAACGUUGUUCCUAUGUUUGAAGCUGCCAUUGCGAGAAGAGGGGUACCAAUCAAACUUACUGCUCUGAUCAACGACACCACUGGAACUCUGAUCGCUUCUGCGUACACCGACACAAAGAUGAAGAUCGGGUGUAUCUUCGGGACUGGUUGCAAUGCCGCUUACUUUGAGAACACUGGGUCGAUUCCAAAGUUGGCACACAUGAAGCUGCCACCAGAUACUCCAAUGGCCAUCAACUGCGAAUGGGGUGCUUUUGACAAUGAGCACAAAGUGUUGCCAAGAACUCCCUACGAUAUCAUUAUUGACAAAGACUCUCCUCGUCCUGGUCAACAAGCAUUCGAGAAGAUGAUUGCUGGUCUGUAUCUCGGUGAACUUUUCCGUCUCGUCUUGGUCAAUCUUCACGACAACGAGGGUGUCCACAUCUUUGAGGGGCAAAAUAUCGACAAGCUACGAAAGGCAUACACACUUGAUUCUUCUUUCCUUUCCUUGGUCGAAGAGGAUCCCUUUGAAAAUCUGUCAGAGACAGCUGAUCUCUUCCAAAACAAACUCAGCAUCUCACCAAACCGUUCUGAGCUUGAACUUAUCCGGCGUCUUGCAGAACUAAUCGGUACUCGGGCUGCUCGUCUCUCCGCCUGUGGUGUCGCAGCUAUCGCCAAGAAGAAGGGUUACGAAUCUUGCCAUGUUGGUGCUGACGGAUCCGUCUUCAACAAGUACCCUCACUUCAAGCAGCGAGGUGCUCAGGCUCUUCGUGAAAUCCUCGACUGGCCAGAGAAGAAGAACCAGAAAGAGGAAGAUCCUAUCGAGAUCUUGGCUGCCGAAGAUGGUUCUGGUGUAGGUGCUGCACUUAUUGCUGCUUUGACCCUUCAACGUGUUAAGGAUGGCAACAUGGCUGGUAUUCUCCACCCAGAGAACUUCAAAUGA